GCGUUCUUCACCACUGUCUCGCUUAUGUUGCCGUCCGCCCCAGGGGUUAGGGUUUCUCCCGAAAGAAAGAGAGCGGGAGGCGUCAAGGGAGCUUCUCUAUCUUUCCUGCUUUCCAGGACAAUCCGACCAGUCUUUAAGUGAGAAGAAAGAAAAAGUACGAUGGCUUUAGGAAUGAUGAAACCUAUGAAGCCUGGUUUUGAAGAACCACAGGAGCAGGUCCAUCGCAUUCGUAUCACUCUCUCAUCCAAGAGUGUGAAGAAUCUGGAGAAGGUUUGUGCUGACCUUGUCCGUGGUGCAAAGGACAAAAGGCUGAAAGUCAAGGGACCUGUUAGGAUGCCAACAAAGGUUCUGCAUAUCACUACCCGAAAGUCCCCAUGUGGAGAAGGGACAAACACUUGGGAUCGGUUUGAGCUGCGAGUCCACAAAAGAGUUAUCGAUCUUGUUAGUUCAUCCGAGGUUGUAAAACAAAUCACAUCCAUCACCAUUGAGCCUGGUGUAGAGGUUGAGGUGACAAUUGCUGAUGUUUGAAGCCGAUCUUUGAAGAGAGAGUUGCUAGUCUGCUUCUUCUUCUUCUUCCAAUUUUGUUUCUCUCCCAUGUGGGGGUGAGCUUCCUUUUGUAGGAAUUGGAUCCUCUCUCUCUUUAUUUGUGUUUAAAAACAUUCAUGGCAAGUAAUAUUGUUCUUAGCCUUUGUUUGGAUAUCAGUUGAUGCUUUAGAAUGUUGAAAGACUGAAAUGCUUCAUGAACUUUGUAUCAAUGUCUGGAAAUAUGGAGCUUUUAGAUUA